GUAGGUGACGUAAUCUGCGUUUUACCUAAGUAAUUUAAAGAUGACGAGAGUGCUCCACAACUUGCUCCUGUUUACAGUCAGACUCACGCUGAAGAUCCGAGUUUUAGGGUAUUGGUCGUUGAUAUACGGUUAUUGUGCUCUAUGCACUGCCGUAGCGCUGCUGAAACUUUGGUGGAGCAUCAUUUUAAGGCCGUCAACCACCUUCCAGUGGGGAAUUCGCGAAACUCCCCCUGCUUGCCUGAAUGACACGUCCUUGGGAACCCACUGUUACGUUAGAAUAAAGGUAUGGCACACUUUACAUUGCACGUGAGAGGGAGCCUAUUUGGGAUUGGGAAAUAGUAUUUUGUGUGCAUGAGAGGUCUGCGAAGGUAAUUCCGUAUGUGCCUAGUUUGCUUGUAGUAUUGAAAUCAGAAAUCAAUCCAAAUAGGCCUGCAGGCUACGUGUAAAUCGUGGUGUUUCUUUUUUGGCGAAUUUCAGGGAAACACUAUAUGCAGAUAUUAUAUUUGCAGCGUAGGCUUCUGUUAUUAUUCUAAUCUACUGUCUCUGUAUAUGCGCUCACGCCGUAGUGCUGAACGGACAGUCCCCUAUAACAGCAGCAGCUAUAGUAAAUCGUGACAAAUGUCACGAUUUCAUAUGAGUACCAAGAUUAAAGGUGCUAUAAACUGUAGAUUAACAUUUCAUUUGUAUUUUUUGUUGAAAUGUUUAUUUAUGAACACAAUGUCCCUUAUAUAGGAUUCACAUAGCAUAAAACGCAUGCUCAUAAUAAGAAUGUGGCAGUUCAGUUGUAAAAAUAAUCCCCUAUAUUAUUUGAUAUCCAAAGUAACCUGUGCGAUUUAACUUGGUGCCAGUAAGUAGCUACAUUUGGCCAGAAAACGCUUGAGCGGUACAACUAGACAAUGUUAUUAAAUCAGAAAUUAGAUACAGUAAACUACAGUAGUCCAUGCAUAUAAACCAAACAAAUUAAUCCACACUUUACUCAAUGGGUAGACCAUAAUAACAACCUUUUCUACAUGCUAUUGCAACAUAAAUUCACAAGAAUUUGAAUAGAAUUGGCUAUAAAUGUUAGUGACAGAUUUCAUAAUAUAAAGAAUGCAUCAUACUGGAAUGACCAGACAGAAGUCAGGCCAGGGCUGAAUUUAUGGGAUGCCAUGCUCUGUCCCUGUUCUAUCCCUGCUUUACAGCGCCAUAAAGCACACAGUGAUGAUGAGAGUUUUAUGUCACAGAGAGCAGACAGUAUCUACUUCCCAAAUGGCAUCUUAUUCCCUAUGUAGUGCACUACUUUCGACCAGAGCCCAUAGAAGUGCACUAUAUAGGGAAUAGGAUGCCAUUUGGGACGCAGACCGAGACCAGCAGACAGUAAGAGCCUACGUGAUCAGGGAAGUGUUGACAUCCUAUAGCAGUGUGUCCCUGGUGACUGACUGAUCUGUCUUCUGUCUCCUUUCUUUAUUCUCAGGAGUCUGGUCUGAGGUUUCACUAUGUCGCUGCUGGAGAGAGAGGGAAACCGCUCAUGCUGUUUUUGCAUGGCUUCCCAGAGUUCUGGUAAGACAUCUAGACUAAUAAUAAUAAUAAUAAUAAUAAUAAUAAUAAUAAUAAUAAUAAUAAGCCAUUUAGCAGACUACACAGUGCAUCUGCACAUUAUACACACAUAAAGGGCCGGUGUUUCGACCCGGACACAGAUUAAGCCUAGUUCUGGACUAAAAGGCACUUUCAAUUGAAAUUCUCAAUUUAUCUUGCUUUUUAGUCGAGGACUAUGCUUAAUCUGUGUCCAGGAAACAGGCCCAUAGAGACUAAACGAAUGUAUUGGUAUUGCCUGGCCAGUUCAUUUUUGUGUUUUUAUGCUGAGAAAGCAUUUAGGAAAGGAGCUCCAAAACUAACCAACCAGGACCCCCAUGAAACACCGACCCCAUAACAGUAGCCCACUACUGUAUCAAUCCCACACAACAGUACUGUAUCAUGUAACCAACGCUCUGCUCUGCUGUACAUUACUUCUGCAUCAUAAGACCAUCUCUCAGUUGGGAUCUUCAUAUUAUGUGAUUCUUCAAUUACAAUAUUCCUAUUAGACUUCAUUACUUAUUAGGAUAGCUAAGGCUCUAAGGUUCCUCUUUCCACCAUGUUUCAUAAAAAAUUAUAUGGAGCGUAGUAGUGAGGGCGACCGCUGGAAUGGGGCCGAAUUAAGAGGUUGUCAAGUGCUGUAAGCUAGUCCAUAUCUCAGGGAAUUCACAGAGCUGCAGAAAGGACAGGACCAGGCUUAAUUAACGGGUCUUCUUGGGUCUAUUCCGCCUCACUGCCCAUCAACUGCACAGGAAUCCAUGAUGAACUGUGUCCCAAAUGGCACCCUAUUCCGUAUAUAGUGCACUACUUUUGACCAGAGCGCUAUGGGUCCUGGUCAAAUGUAGUGCACUUAAUAGGGAUUAGUGUGCCAUUUUGGAUGUAGCGUCUCUCUCUGCCGUGCUAGCUGGACAGACAGACUCUCUUCCACUUACGACUUUCUUCUCCUACUAAAUUCAGUGUUUAAAAAGUGCUAAACCCCAGUUUACCUUAUCACUCAGGAUAGAGAGAGUCUUGGUGUGUGGGGGAUUGGGUGCGAGGUGGGGGGCUGUGAAGGAACUCAAAGUGCCUGUGUUAUUUUAAACCUCAUCUAUAUUCUAAGAUGUUGGGUUUCUCUGCUCCAGAUCUGUGUCCCAAAUGGCACCGUAUUCCCUAAACUGCACUACUCCUCAGAGCUCUUAUCCUGACUCAACAGAACCCCAGUCAGGCCUUGUGCUCCUCCUCUGUGGGGCUUUGAGCUCUGAGGAGCCUCAGCCUCCAGUCCACAGCAGAUAGAUCCACAGCAGACAAGAUCUUCAAUUAGAGAGCUUUUGCUCUCCUCUAUGAUGAUUGAGCGGAUUAGAAUCGGGGGAAAAAAACAUCUAAUAUUAUACAAAGGUGACCUGCACUCAGUUUGGAAGAGAAGAAGGGAAGCUGCGUGCCAGUAGAAAUAAUGCAGUUUAAGAUAUAGCAACUGUGUAGGUAUAUUCAAGAGAGAAACACAGUAUGUUAUAUAAGAAUAUAUGCCUAGGUAGAAGUGUAAGUGGUUUUUCAGCAGUGUGCAAUAUACUGAAUGUCCUCUUUUGAUUGCCGUAGUGGAGAUAGGGUUUAAUUAUGAAGUACUGUCCUGUGUGUGACUUUCUCAUCUCAUCAAGACUAAGAUGGUUAUUGUGUCUCUCUCUCUGUCUCGGUCCGUCUCUCGCUCUCUCCCUCUCUCUUUCAAUCUCUCCCCACUCACUCACUCACUCUCUCUCUCUCUCUCUUUCUCUCUGUCUGUCCACCUGCCCCCAGGUUUUCCUGGCGCCACCAGCUGCGUGAGUUUAAGAGUGAGUUCCGUGUGGUGGCCGUUGACAUGCGAGGCUACGGGGAGUCCGACUUGCCGUCAUCCACAGAGAGCUACCGCUUUGACUACCUGGUCACAGACGUCAAGGACAUUGUGGAAUACCUAGGUAAGAGAGGAGAGUGGACAACCACAUCUUUUAUCUGUAUUUUAUAUCCAUGUUUACUUAGUUUAUGCAGAAAUACACAAGAAGACAGGUGUAUGUUGUAUAUAUGAUGAAAGAAACAAAACAUGCCCACUCUGAUUCAGGGAUGAACACUUUAGGGACCAUGACUACUCGUAUUAUGAAACAUCACUCCAUGGGAACAAAGAGGGAGGGUGACACAGCCUGGUGUCCUGAGCUGAGUCAAAGUUAAACUUGUUUCUCAUUGUAAUACUGUGUGGACUGGACAGCCUGUGAACAUCCUGUGGGCCUACAACACAGCAGGACAUGACAGGCUUCGUCUGACUCAUGGUGACUGACCAUGGGUCGUCGUGCUGAUACACACACAUUACAGAGCCCCCAGCCUGCUGGGCUGGCAGCAGACAGCACAGAGCACGCUCUCUAUCACUCAGUGAAACAGGAAGUAUCCACUCAGACCUGGGGGCCUCUGUGUCUGUGUAACACCAGUAUCCCUCACCUUGUGUCAGACUGAUAUUUCAAAUAGCAGUAAAACUGACUAUUAUUUUCUUUGUAGGCAAAAUAUUGACCCUUUUUAAAUCAACAUUAUAUUCAUCAUGCCAGACUCCUGCCCAAAAUACAAAACAUAAUCUGUCGCACUUGCACACCAGACUGGCUCAGUUGUUCCCUAUACGCUGACUAAGAAGAUGACUAAUAAGCUGAAUAAUCAGGCAUCACAUUGUUCACAUUGCACACUGUAAGAGGACUGUUCUACUUCAGGAGGUACUGUAUCUUGGCAAGGAGACUCAACUCAGAGAAGAUGAAUGGAUGGUGCUGGACAAACACACACACACUCACAGACUUACUCCAUCUCUCCUCAGGUUACAACAGAUGUCACUUGGUCGGCCAUGAUUGGGGAGGAACCAUCGCCUGGUUGUUCGCCAUCCAAUACCCCGAGAUGGUCACCAAACUCAUCGUCCUAAACUGCCCCCAUCCAUCUGUCUUCAGUGGUAUGUCCUAAACUGCCCCCAUCCAUCUGUCUUCAGUGGUAUGACCUAACCUGCCCCCAUCUAUCUGUCUUCAGUGGUAUGUCCUAAACUGCCCCCAUCCAUCUGUCUUCAGUGGUAUGACCUAACCUGCCCCCAUCUAUCUGUCUUCAGUGGUAUGUCCUAAACUGCCCCCACCCCUCUGUCUUCACUGGCACAUCAUAACAACCCUCUGUUUUCAAGUUCAAGUUUCAGUUUUGCAAAGGAAAUUAGUUUAACAAAAAAAGUCAAGCAUAAAAUACAUAAAAAUGUACAUUGACAAAUGACAGGGACUACAUAGGUGAAUACAUAGGUGGGUACACUGUGGACUGAAUACACCAAUCGACUAGUCCCUGAUACGUCAUUGUCCUGAACUGCCCCUAUCCCUCUGUGUUAACUUGUACAUCAUCACCAUCACCAUCCUUAAAUGAACAACAGAUGAAACAGCCUACUGUAUGUCACAAAUAUACAAUUAUUAGAUCAAUCGGAUGUAAAUAUACAAUUAUUAAAUCAAUCGGAUGUGAGAGAAACCUGCUCUUCCUCCUUGUGCUAAUUAGAGAAGAGAUGUUUGGCUCUGGGGUUAUUAGCAUGAUUAGCAUCUUUAAUUAUGAGGUAUUAUUACCUCCAUGCAGUGUUUGCUGCAUCCAUCUGGUAGUUCCUCAGUCUCCUUCCUUGAGGGGAAGAUGGAGGAGGUAAUUAUACAGUAGUGCUUUAAUAUGGAGCUGGAGCAGCUGGUUAGACUGGGCUGGAGGAGAGGAAGUGAGAGGAGAGGAUAGAGGGGAGGUCACUGGCAGACAUCCACAGCCUCUCUCGCCAUAGCAACUGCACUACGCUGCAUUCGUCUAUUUCUUAAUGUACACACUUCUAACGUCCAUACUUGCAUGCCACAUAGAAUACAUGCCCAAAACAUUGCUUCAUUCUAAGUGGUAUGCAGUCCUCUGUAGCUCAGCUGGUAGAGCACGGCGCUUGUAACGCCAAGGUAGUGGGUUCGAUCCCCGGGACCACCCAUACACAAAAAUGUAUGCACGCAUGACUGUAAGUCGCUUUGGAUAAAAGCGUCUGCUAAAUGGCAUAUUAUAUAUAUUAUAUUUAUUUUGGAGCUCCUUACUCAAUUUUUCUCAUCCUCUCUUUUUUGGGUUUCUUUUCCUCUUUUCCCGCUCUCCCUCUCCUCUUUUCUCUCCUCUUCUCCUCUCCUCUCCUCUCCUGCCCUCCUCUCUCCCUCUCCUCUUUUCUCUCCUGUUCUCUCCUCUUCUCCCCUCCUCUCCUCUCCCUCCCUCCCUCCUCUCCUGCCCUCCUCUCUCCCUCUCUCUUCUCUCCUCUUUCCUCCAUGUUUCUAGAUUAUGCCCUGCGUCAUCCCAGUCAGCUGCUCAAAUCCAGCUACUUCUUCUUCUUCCAGCUGCCUCGCUUCCCAGAGCUCAUGCUCUCCAUCAAUGAUUUCAAGGUGAAGCAUGUUGCAUGUGUUUGAGUGAUCUCAAGGUGAAAAAUACAGAACUGCUCCAGGCAACAGGAAGUUUAUUUUGUGUGUGUGUGUGUGUGUGUGUGUGUGUGUGUGUGUGUCGAAGGGGAGGGAAUUCUUGUUGUGAUGGCUGUGCCUCUUUUUUUUUUUUUUGUAGCUAUCAUGAAUAUCAAUGGAUAAUUAAUAAUGAUUAACUAUGUUACAAUAAGGCAAUCACAUUGAUCAUGUCUAAAAAAAAAAGCUAUGCAUUCCCAUAUUUAUUUUGUUCCAAUAUAUACUGUAGGGGAGAGAGACGGUUGUCAUCCAUGAUGUUAUGCCUAAGUCCUUCUCAGUUGAGUGUAGGUCAUCUCACAGUAGUCAACACAACCGCCAUGGCAUUUUCUAGAGCCUCAUAUGACCUGUAUUACUGUGACAGUGACAUAAGCGACCUUCUCUCUGUGUGCCAUCCAGUUCCAAUCACACCUUGAGCACAUCCGGAGACACACAUACUCACCCAGUGUGUCCUUCUGUCCCCUCUGUACUGUAGGCACUGAAGGGUCUGUUCACCAGCCGUAGUACAGGCAUUGGGAGGAAGGGUCGAUGGCUCACUGCAGAGGACAUGGAGGCCUAUCUCUACGCCUUCUCCCAGCCAGGGGCCCUCACCGGGGCCCUCAACUACUACAGGAAUGUCUUCAGGUGAAGAUUAUGAACCGAUGAAAUUCUUCCUUAGUGAGCUCUGUAUUUGGAUGUCUCCUUUGGGCAUACAUAAGUAGGGAUUUAUGUAUGACAUGCCCAGUGAACAUGUCGUAGCUGACCACCAUUGUUGUGCCUCCUCAUUUGAGAUACAGUAUUACUGCAAGCGCCUUAUGAUAAUGUGAAUCAUUAGCGCCUUGUGUUGUAAAUGCUGUUUUGAUCAGAGUGCAAUACUACAGUACAUUCAAUAAGAAGUUCCUCUUAGGAAAACUCAGUGGUUGUAUAAUAAGUCCCCUGGCUUGCCAGUGGUAAAGAGGUCUUGGAAUCAGACUGCAUGAUGAGAAAUAAUUGGGCUUUGGAAUAAUGUAUUCAGUUUGUUUUGUUGUAUUGUUUGUCUUUGACAAGUUGACUCCUAUAAUGAAUAAGACAAAGCCUGGAUGAUUCCGGGUUGAUACAAUUAUUCCUCACUCACUCACUCACUCACUCACUCACUCACUCACACACACACAGCAUCAGAGAGUACAUGUGUUUUUGACAUGUGAACUGUACAUGCAUGACUGACUUCACCAUCUGCUCUCCUUCCUUAAGCAGCCAGCAUCUCUCAGAACAGAACAGCAUAUUUUAUUCUGCUCUGAAUUAUAUAAUAAUAAUGUCACUGACACAUUAUCAAUUAGUGUGAGAAACGUGUUCUAUAAAUACAUUAUUCAAUUAGCCUCUCCACAAGUUUACAACACAGGUAACAUACAGUGGCUUGCAAAAGUAUUCACCCACCUUUGCAUUUUUCCUAUUUUGUUGCCUUACAACCUGGAAUUAAAAUUGAUUUUGGGGGGGGUUGUAUCAUUUGAUUUACACAACAUGCCUACCACUUUGAAGAUGCAAAAUAUUUUUUGGGGUGAAACAAACAAGAAAUAAGACAAAAAAACGGAACUUGAGCGUGCAUAACUAUUCUAUAACUAGAGCCACCUUUUGCAGCAAUUACAGCUGCAAGUCUCUUGGGGUAUGUCUCUAUAAGCUUGGCACAUCUAGCCACUGGGAUUUUUGCCCAUUCUUCAAUGCAAAACUGCUCCAGCUCCUUCAAGUUGGAUGGGUUCCGCUGGUGUACAGCAAUCUUUAAGUCAUACCACAGAUUAUCAAUUGAAUUGAGGUCUGGGCUUUGACUAGGUCAUUCCAAGACAUUUAAAUGUUUCCCCUUAAACCACUCAAGUGUUGCUUUAGCAGUAUGCUUAGGGUCAUUGUCCUGCUGGAAGGUGAACCUCCGUCCCAGUCUCAAAUGUCUGGAAGACUGAAACAGGUUUCCCUCAAGAAUUUCCCUGUAUUUAGUGCCAGCCAUCAUUCCUUCAAUUCUGACCCGUUUCCCAGUCCCUGCCGAUGAAAAACAUCCCCACAGCAUGAUGCUGCCACCACCAUGCUUCUCUGUGGGGAUGGUGUUCCCGGGGUGAUGAGUGGUGUUGGGUUUGCGCCAGACAUAGCGUUUUCCUUGAAGGCAAAAAAGCUCUGAGUACCUUCUUCCAUAUGUUUGGGGAGUCUCCCACAUGGCUUUUGGUGAACACCAAACGUGUUUGCUUCUUUUUUUCUUUAGGCAAUGGAUUUUUCUGGCCAUUCUUCUGUAGAGCCCAGCUCUGUGGAGUGUACGGCUUAAAGUGGUCCUAUGGACAGACUCCAAUCUCUGCUGUGGAGCUUUGCAGCUCCUUCAGGGUUAUCUUUGGUCUCUUUGUUGCCUCUCUGAUUAAUGCCCUCCAUGCCAGGUCCGUGUGUUUUGGUGGGCGGCCCUCUCUUGGCAGGGCGGCAGGUAGCUUAGUGGUUAAGAGCGUUGUGCCAGUAACCGAAAGGUCGCUGGUUCUAAUCCCCGAGCCGACUAGGUGAAAAAUCUCUCGAUGUGCCCUUGAGCAAGGCACUUAAUCCUAAUUGCUCCUGUAAGUCGCUCUGGAUAAGAGGGUCUGCUAAAUGAUUAAUUAUUAUUAUUAUUAUUGGCAGGUUUGUUGUGGUGCCAUAUUCUUUCCAUUUUUUAAUAAUGAAUUUAAUGGUGCUCCGUGGGAUGUUCAAAGUUUCUGAUAUUUUUUUAUAACCCAACCCUGAUCUGUACUUCUCCACAACUUUGUCCCUGACCUGUUUGGAGAGCUCCUUGGUCUUCAUGGUGCCACUUGCUUGGUGGUGCCCCUUGCUUUGUGGUGUUGCAGACUCUGGGGCCUUUCAGAACAGGUGUAUAUAUGCUGAGAUCAUGUGACACUUAGAUUGCACACAGGUGGACUUUAUUUAACUAAUUAUGUGACUUCUGAAGGUAAUUGGUUGCAGCAGAUCUUAUUUAGGGGCUUCAUAGCAAAGGGGGUGAAUACAUAUGCACGCACCACUUUUCCAUUAUUAAUUUUUUAGAUUUUUUUUGAAACAAGUUAUUUUUUUCAUUUCACUUCACCAAUUCGGACUAUUUUGUGUAUGUCCAUUACAUGAAAUCCAAAUAAAAAUCCAUUUAAAUUAUAGGUUGUAAUGCAACAAAAUAGGAAAAACGCCAAGGGGGAUGAAUACUUUUACAAGGCACUGUACAUGGAUACCACGUGAAUACUAAACAUCAUGGGAUUGAAAGUCUGCAUUAAACCAGUUUUCUACUUCUCAGAUGGGUUGCUUUUUAAUGUGGAAAAUUUGAAUUUUCAGUUUACUUCCAUAAUUGACUGAGUAGAAAUGGAAUUGACCCCAAACCAUUUCAAAUCUGAUCAUGCUUUCUCCACAGGUAACAUGGAUAGCACAUGAAAAUAUAAAACUCUGCUACAUCAUGAUGGAACGCCAGUGUUUACUGUAACCAGUUUCAUGCAAGCAACCCAUCUCAGAUCUGUAUAGCACAUCAUAUGAUUGAGUUUAACCAGUUUUAAGCAACUCAUCUCAGGUCUGUUAUUAAUAUUCUCUCAACAGUUCCCUCCCACUGAGCCAGAAUGAUGUCAAGUCCCCGGUGUUGUUGUUGUGGGGUGAGAGAGAUGCCUUCCUGGAGCAGGAGAUGGCUGAGGCGUGCCGUGUCUACAUCAGGAAUCACUUCCGACUCAACAUCAUCUCCGGGGCCAGCCACUGGCUACAGCAGGACCAGCCUGACAUCGUCAACACACUCAUAUGGACCUUCCUCAAAGAGGGAGAGGGCCGCAAAACCUACAGAAACUGAAUCUAGCUAGGUGUGCAUCCCAAAUGGCACAAUUC